AGGGCCACAUCUAACUCCCUCUUAAAUAUAGCCAAUCAACUGGCCUCAACUACCUUCUGUGGCAGAGAAUUCCACAGAUUCACCACUCUCUGUGUGAAAAUUGUUUUUCUCAUCUCGGUCCCAAAAGACUUCCCCCUUAUCCUUAAACUGUGACCAUUUUAGUCCGAGGGUGGUGAAUCUGUGGAAUUCUCUGCCACAGAGGGCUGUGGAGGCCAAGUCAGUGGAUAUUUUUAAGGCCGAGUUAGAUAGAUUCUUGAUUAGUGCAGGUGUCAGAGGUUGUGGUGAGAAGGCAGGAGAAUGGGAGGGAGAGAUAGACCAGCCGUGAUUGAAUGGCGGAGUAGACUUGAUGGGCCGAAUGGCCUAAUUCUACUCCUAUCAUUUCUGACCUAAUUUGAAUCAGUAGAAAAACAUCACGGUUACUGAUUACGUACAUCAGGCAAAGCAAAUGAGACACAUUUAUUGCAAGAGGUAAAGUUAAGAAGGUUCUUAACUAUAGUAUAAAAUAGAUAGCGAUCGAUUUUGAAUUCCUUGACUCAUUCUCUGAGUCAUGUUAAAUGAAUGAACUGGGGCGGAAUGAUGGCACAGCAGUAGGGUUGCUGCCUCACAGCGCCAGGAACCCAGGAUCGACCCUGACUACGGGUGCUGUCUCUACGGAGUUUGCACGUUCUCCCUGCGUGGGAUUUCUCCCAGAUCUUCGGUUACCUCCCAUGCUCCAAAGACGCGCGUACAGGUUUGUAGGUUAAUUGGCUCGGUAUAAAUGUAAAUUGUCCCUCGUGUGUGUAAUGUAGUGUUGAUAUGCGGGGAUCGCUGGUCGGUGCGGACUCGAUGGGCUGAAGGGCCUGUCUCUGCGCUGUAUCUCUAAACUAAACUAACCUACCUGUAACUACAUAGGAAUAAUGGAGUGGACUUUAGCCACAUUCACGGGGGCUGUGAUUACUCAUCAAAUCACUCCCAUAAUAAAUCUGAUUAGAUGGUUGGAACAAGGGUCAACUUCCACAGCAACUCACUGGGAUACACGAGGAACUCGGACUCUAUUAUAAUCUUUUGAAGAAAAUUAAUUGAGAAGAAAAUGUUUUCCGUCACAGACACACAGAGGAUCGGAGUGGGAUUGAUGGGAUUCGGAGUGUUUUUCCUGCUGUUCGGAAUUCUAUUGUACUUUGACCGAGUUCUCCUUGCCUUCGGAAACAUUCUCUUCGUCUCCGGCCUUCCCUUCAUCAUUGGGCUGCGGAACUCCUUCCAGUUCUUCCGCGAGAGGCAGAAGCUGCGAGGUUCCAGUUUCUUCCUGGGUGGGAUCUUCCUUGUCCUUCUCCGCUGGCCUGCGAUCGGCAUGCUCUGUGAAAGCUACGGACUUUACCUGCUCGUCAGGAGCAGUCUGCCGCUCGUGUCAGAGUUCAUCGCCAACAUCCCAGUUCUCGGGUUGAUCUUUAAGUUGCCCGUAUUCAGCACGAUGUCGAGGAGAUUUAGCGAAGGAACAUCGAAGGUGUGAAGGAAACCUGACGCCAAAUCAGCAACCGCUGGAGAACUUUGUGUUGACCCGCUGAGUAACUCCAGCACUUUGUGUCUUGUUUUGUUGGCCAGCACUUGCAGUUCCUUGUUUCUAAAGAAACACUUUAACUGGUGUGGGAAGAAAAGUGGAGUUAAUGUUUCAGGUCGAGAACCCCUUGUCAGAGCUUGA